AAAGAGGGGACAGCAAGAGCUCAGACCACCCUGGAGGUGCCUGGGCGCUUAUCUUCACCACGUCCAAGAAUCCACCCCAUUCUUUGAUCUUAACCCUCUUUUGGGGAUGGGGAAACUGAGGCACAGAGGCAGCAGGAGGGGGAAGGAGCCGCAAGAGGGGGCAGAGCUAGUUUUUAAGCAGGGUCACUUGCUCUCUCAGGGACUCAGCCUCCUAACCUGUGAAAUGGCCCCGUUGGCCAUCCUUCCCCAGAACAGUCACGAUCACCAUCACUAAGGGCCAUUAAGCCCUCACAGAAGGCUUGAUUGCCCCACCGCUUGCUCACAGCCGCUUCCGAGGCAGGACUGUGACUGUUCCCUUUUACAGAGGAGGAAAGGGAGGGAGGGAGGCCCAGGUGACUUGACGAGGUUGCAGGGCCAGCGGGCGGAGAGCUGGCCUCAUGCCCACUGUGUCACUGCAGCGUCCACACCUCCCCACCGGGCCAUGGUGCCUCCGGGGGCACUGAGUUCUGCCUUCUCGGUGGAGCCGUUUGAAGCCUGCCCGUGACUGCCCACCGGAGCUCUACGAAGUUAGCCUGGGGUAGAAGAAGACUUUUCUAUUUCUUUUCGGAUAAAUUAUUAAACUUUUCCAUCAAUCCUUCGGUUGAAAUGGAUGCUCAGGGAAGAUGUACCGUGUGUAUCCAGGGGCUCCCCGGGCCUCCCGGGGCACAUGUAAGGGGAGCCCUUCUGGGCCCCGCACGAGGGGUGGGGAUGGCCUGGAAGAUGCCCGUGGGGAGGGAGCUCUUGCCGGUGACACGCCCCAGCCGUCUUGGCGGAGGCUCCUGGAACUUCUGGCAGCCAGCUCUGGGUGCUGUCCAGGUUUCUGGGUCCUUGGAGGGCAGGAGACGUGGCUGAGUCUCCGCCCCUGUUUUCUGACCUCUCAAAUGGGCCACGUCAGGAGCCGGUUGUCCUGAGGCUCAGAGGGAACAGUGUGGACACGCAGUAGGGCAAGGAUGGGGCUGAACUUAGUAGUGACUCUGGAGCCCCCACCCCGACUUCCCCGGCCCCCGGCUGUGUGACCUGGACCUGCUAGCCAGCCUUGCUGGCCAUCUCUGUGCCUCGGUUUCCCCAUCUGUAAGACACAGACAAUGUUAUCACCUGCUCAUUGGAUUUCUGGGAGGAUCAAAUGAGUUAAUCCACACUGAGCCCCAAUACAAGAUGUGGCACCUUUAUAAGUGUGUUUCUCAGCGUCGGUUCGACCCAUGGACCCUGGGAGAGUGUGAAGAGCAGACUUGGGCGUGACCCAUUCCUUCCCUUGCGGAGGGCAGCCGUUCACCCUUCACUGACCCUGGACAGGGUGUUGGAAGGAGCCCAUGCCGGAAUCCCCGAGAGGUGGCGUCGGGACGGUGUGCCUGGGCCGCCCUGCCCAGCAGCAGAGCAUGUCCCAGCUGGACUUGGAGGAGUUGGCCGAAAUAGAGCUGCAGAGAGAUGAAGAGGAAGCAGCUGCUCUGCACAUAGUGAGGAGGCCAUCGGCAGCGCCCGCAGCUGCCCAGGACCCUGCGCUGAGCAUGAAUCACCCCUUCUACGACGUGGCCAGGCACGGCAUCCUGCAGGUGGCAGGGGAGGACCGCUUUGGAAGACGAGUCAUCACCUUCAGCUGCUGUCGGAUGCCCCCCUCCCACGAGCUCAACCAUAGGCGUCUGCUGGAGUACUUGAAGUACACUCUGGACCAGUACGUGGAGAGCGAUUACACCGUCGUCUACUUCCAUUAUGGGCUGAACAGCCGGAACAAGCCGUCGCUGGGCUGGCUGCAGAGUGCCUACAAGGAGUUUGACAGGAGGUACAAGAAGAACUUGAAGGCGUUGUACGUCGUGCACCCCACCAACUUCAUCAAAGUCCUGUGGACCAUCUUCAAACCGCUCAUCAGUCAUAAGUUUGGGAAAAAAGUCAUCUAUCUCAACGGCUUGAGCGAGCUCCGCGAACACCUCAAGUACGACCAGCUGAUCGUCCCCCCGGAGGUUCUGCGGUAUGAUGAGAAGCUCCGGAACCUGCACGAGGGCAGGUCGCCCUCUCCUGCCAAGAUGCCGCCGCCGCGGCCCCCUCUGCCCACCCAGCAGUUUGGCGUCAGUCUGCAAUACCUCAAGGACAAAAAUCAAGGGGAGCUCAUCCCUCCUGUGCUGAGGUUCACGGUGACGUACCUGAGAGAGAAAGGACUCCGCACUGAGGGCCUGUUCCGGAGAUCGGCCAGCGUCCACACCAUCCGCGAGAUUCAGCGGCUCUACAAUCAAGGGAAGCCAGUGAACUUUGAUGACUAUGGAGACAUCCACGUCCCCGCCGUGAUCCUGAAGACCUUCCUGCGAGAGCUGCCCCAACCGCUGCUGACCUUCAGGGCCUAUGAGCAGAUUCUCGGGAUCACCAGUGUGGAGAGCAGCCUGCGGGUGACCCGCUGCCGCCAGAUCCUGCAGAGCCUUCCAGAACACAACCGCGCUGUCCUCAGCUACCUCAUGGGCUUCCUGCACGAGGUGUCCCGGGAGUGCAUUUUUAACAGAAUGAACAGCUCCAACCUGGCAUGCGUCUUUGGGCUGAAUUUAAUCUGGCCGUCUCAGGGGGCAUCCUCCCUGAGCGCCCUCGUGCCUCUGAACCUGUUCACCGAACUGCUGAUCGAGUACUACGAGAAGGUCUUCAGCACCCCUGAGGCACCUGAGGCCCAUGGGGAGCUCAGCACCGGCACCCAAUGCAGGUGAGCGGGGCGGACCCUUCACCAGAGGCAGUGCCAGACCCUCUCGGGGGCCCCACCUUGCCCCCCAUGCCUCCGCAGCCCCUGACGGUGGCCUGGACACUCUGCUAGGGCAAGAAAUGCCACAUCAAAGGUGUGUGUGUGUGUGUGUGUGUCCCUGCGCCCACUCUCACGCUCCUUGUGCUUUGUGAACUUGCCAUUAAACUUACAGCAAACCUUCCAGCAA